AACGUGGGGCGGCGGCUCUUCAAGUUGUUAUCUUUCACGUGCUUAGGUGUUUCUGUCGUACUCCUCGAACAAAACCUCCGAGUCCGAGGUUAGGGAGUAAGCUCAGAUUAGAGGGAGGCCUUGGUGGUGGACUGGCAAUGCCGACAUCCUCUGUAACUGUAAUCUUCCACCUUUAUUCAUAGUGACCGACCAAUGCAGCACAUGAUGUGUCUGCUUGGUGUUGACAUGACAGCAGCUCAAGUUGCCGGUUUUGGGAUGCUUAUUGAACAGCUAAUUCAUGGUUGUUGCAGAUACUUCUAUAUCGUUAACCUUAAAUGGCAACAGCGGACUUCAUUGGGACAAAGUGCGAAUUAGGUAAAGCUAUGCAUACUUUCAUUGGCUUUAUAAGUUGUUCAUACAGGCCAAGAAACUCUGUUGUAACAGAAGAUGGCUUUCAACUCUUUCCGGAGCCAAAAAGAACCCCUCCACCAUUAGCAGCUCAGAAUUACAGCAAAGCACAUGAACGAAUGCUUGAAGAGAUCGCCUCAAUAAAAUUGUCCGCCAUGGUAAUCGCUUGUGAUCGGCACUGGAUCACAUUGCCAGUGUCCUUGCAGUUGAAAGAAAUGAGUCUUCCAGUUCACCAGGAGUCUCAAGAAUCAAGAUGCAACAGAAGAAUUGAAGCACAGCAAAUCUCACGUAAGAGCAUAAUAGACAGAUAUGGGCUUGACCCUCCAUUGCAAGGAAAAGGAAAAAAAAAAGAAAAGAAUAGACAGAUAUGGAUGCUUCAAAUAUUGCUCCGUCUGUUCUUUUAUUGCUCCUGUCACAGGAAGCAUGAAAGAAAUGCUUCGUCUAUUUAUUUUCUUGUUGAAAAGGAUAGAGUAUAUAUAAAGCAUAGGAUACAGUUACAUAAACAGUUGAGUACUGGAUUUAACCUUAUUUACUCGGGGUGAAACCCGAGUACCUGUUGUGAAUACUUAUAAAAUGACA